AUGGAUAACACUGAUGAGACUGAGAAUGAGGAGACAGGAAGAUGGAGAAACUUUAAUUCAUGGAUUAAAUGCAACUUCAACUAUGAAUGUUACAUGACUUUCCUUAAUGGCUGCUACAGCUGCAACUGGGAAGCCAAACAGGAGAAGAAGGCUAGACGACCACUCUGCUGCUGCUCUUUGAGAGAGCGAUUAUUUUACCCUUGGUUGAUUGUGUCCUUUUGCUUGUCUACAGUUUUACUUUUUACAUGGAUAGAAACUUCAAAUGAAUUCAAUGGCUUUGACUGGGUUGUUUUCCUAGGUACAGGAGUCUGGUUCUUUUGGUCCAUUGUCUUGCUGAGUUUCCUUGGGAUCCUGGCUGCCUACACAACAUUGCUACUGGUACUUGGAUUUUUGUUGUGUUGGGAAAAAAAUCAGCUAUACCUGCACUGGUAUCAUAAGAUCCUGAUUCUGAUAACGAUUCUGUUUUGCUCACUUUUGUUGUGGAUUUUAUUAACUUACUGGAAAGAUAGGUGGCUCACCAUUGGGCUGUCAUUGCAGAUCUUUUCUCCCUACAUACACCUGAGCAGCAUAUCUGUGAUGAUUUUGCUUUCGUGGCCUGUGGCUAUCUACUUGAUUCAUUUGGAAGGAGAAGCUAGAAUGAGAAGAUUCCAGAUUACAAGUAUUGAAAGAAAAAGAAACAAGAGGUGUAACAUGCACACAAAAUUGAGAGCUUUACAAGUGGCUAUUGGGUUGCCCUUUGUUCUUAUACUUUUGUGUCUCUAUGUGGUGCCAUUUGGGAUUUAUUCUCCCUGCGUUCAAGAGAAGGAUAAAUUAGGGCCCAAGCCAAACUUCUUCGGACAUAGAGGUGCACCCAUGCUGGGGCCUGAGAAUACCAUCAUGUCCUUUGAGAAAGCUGUUGAACAUGGGGCCCAUGGACUGGAGAGUGAUGUACAAAUAAGCUUGGAUAAGGUGCCUUUUCUCAUGCAUGAUUAUGACUUGAGAAGAACAACCAAUAUCUUGGACGUCAUGCCAAAUGCCUCCCACGAACACAGUAGCUUUUUUAAUUGGGAUUUCCUGUCAACUCUGAAUGCAGGCAAAUGGUUUUCAGAUUCAUGGAUCAAACCAUUUUUUCGUAUGAAACCCUUAUCAGAGGCUGAUAAGGAAAGAGCAAGAAAUCAGAAGAUUCCCAAACUAUCUGAGUUAUUGGAACUUGCACGGAAGGAAAAAAAGUUGGUUAUAUUUGAUCUUAAUGCUCCUCCACAGUCACAUCCUUCCAGAUCAUCAUAUAUCCGUCUUGUAGUAAGCGUGAUCCUUGACUCUAAGAUUGAGCAACAUCUGAUUAUUUGGUUACCAGGUUCUGAUAGGAAGUAUGUCAGGAGCAAAGCUCCUGGUUUUCAGCACAUUGGCCGGUUAUUCACCAUUGAAGAACUUAGAAAAGAAAAUAUCACUAGAAUAAAUGUUGACUAUAAGAGGUUGUUCUACAAUGGCUUGAAAGAAUAUAAAGCAGCUAACAUCACCAUCAACUUAUAUGUCAUCAAUGAACCUUGGCUCUUCUCACUGGCCUGGUGCUCCAGGAUUCACUCAGUGACCACAGACAAUAUUCAGGUCCUAAAGAAGAUAAAUCACCCUUACUACUUCAUGACACCAAAGUUCUAUCUAUUCAUGUGGAUUUUCAUGGAUAUUCUUGCUGCAGUUUUCAUUGUUGCCGUAUUUCAUUUUUAUUGGAAGAGAGAGAGCCAGAGUGAAAAAAUCCUCCAUGGUAUCACCAGUUACACAGAAACUCCAAGUACAAGCCUCCAUGAUGAAGUUUUGGAAGUUGUGGAAAUACCUGGACUUUUAACCAAGAGUGACUCUGAAGUCAUUAUACCAGAGGUUGUCAAUGAAACCACUGCACCAACCGUGUAUCCCACAGAUGAUGUUGGACAACCAGUGCCCACUGAGCCAGCCUUUGAACCCAUCCAAGCACCCACUUCAGAAGCCAACAGAGAGGCCACCCUCCAAACUGUAUUGCUUACCUUGGAGGCAAAUGAACCUACAGUUCCCUUCACAGAGAAGUCUCCUCCUGAAAUGUACCCUGAAAAGCCCCCCACCAUUGACUCCCCCCAGGAGCUGGGAGGUCAUCCAUCUUGUAGCCCUGAAAACAGCAGCAAGAAGAUAAACAGAGCACCGAGAAGGACACUGCCAUCCACUCAGAUCCAGAACAGAGACAGCUCCCAAGAAACUGCAGUGGACAGAAGCCUGGACAAAGAAAAAUCCUGCCCUGCCCCUGGGCUCAGCCUCCCCAGCCAGCAGCUGAAGGUUCCCAGUGGUGAUGUGGAAGAAGGUGUUGCUGCUGCUCCAGUUGAAGAACUUGGUGAAGGGGUGAGUGGUCAAGAUGUCCUAGAGGAGCAGAGAGAGUCUGAAGUUGCACAGCUGGACUGUCUGGCUUCACUCUCCUCAGCUCCAGCCCAGAGACACCACCCACAUGAAGGACCUCAGGCCCUCAGACAGAGAAAGAAGCAAGAGGGUAGAGUCCAGCUGUGCCACAGGGCUGCUGUGCAAGGCAGGCCAUGGUUGGGAUCAGCUAGAGGGACAGCCAAGCAAGCCCAGGAGGCUGUCAGGUAUGUGGGGCCAGUCCUGGAAUUUUAA